AUGUUUUCUGCGCUCCGGGUGGCAGCACGCCCCUCGUCAUUAUGGGCUCUAUCCCUAGCAAGACCCUCGGUGCAUUAUAGCACUCUUUCUUUGGCUCUUCAGCACCGUUCCUUCCACGUUUCGGCACCAGCUUUCCGUACCAUCAACCAGUCAAUACGAGCAAAGCGAGUUCCCAAGAAACAGGAAAAGUCCAAGUCCCCAUUGCUCGAGAACUGUCCGCAGAGAAAAGGAGUGGUGACCCGUCUCAUCAUUGCCACACCGAAGAAGCCCAACUCUGCGAAGCGGAAAGUUGCCCGUGUCAAGCUGACAACGGGCAAGUCGCUCAUGGCAUACAUUCAAGGAGAGGGCCACAACCUGCAAGAACACAGUGUAGUAUUGGUGAGAGGUGGUCGUACGAAGGAUCUUCCCGGCGUAGGUUACAAGCUGGUCCGUGGUGCCCUUGACUUCGGCGGAGUCGUCAAUCGUGCUACAUCUCGCAGUAGAUAUGGCGUCAAGAAACCCAAGAGAAAGUAA